ACCAGGCGUGUCCAUAGUCUCUCUGUGUAGCGAGCGUACCGCAGUCAGUAGCGCCGAUAAAUCACUUUAUCAUACUGAGGACUUCAGAAAGGCUCCCUGUAAUAACGUUGUUUACUGCGGUGAUUUUUCUCCUUUCUUUGUGGCAGUGGAGAACGUGUAAAGAGGCAGCUGGUUUUCACUAUGGCGACAGCUGCGGUAUGUGCCAGUGGUCCCAACCCCGGAUCCGGCGCUGAGUUGGUCCGGGGACAAGCCUUCGAUGUCGGGCCUCGCUACCACAAUCUGUCGUAUAUCGGUGAGGGCGCCUACGGAACCGUGUGCUCUGCAUAUUGCCGUGACAACAAGGUCCGCGUGGCGAUAAAGAAGAUCAGUCCGUUUGAGCACCAGACGUACUGUCAGAGGACUCUGAGAGAAAUUAAGAUCCUACUGCGUUUCAAACAUGAGAACGUCAUCAGCAUCAACGACAUCAUCCUUACGCCCUCCAUCGACCAGAUGAAGGACGUCUACAUCGUGCAGGACCUGAUGGAGACGGACCUGUAUAAGCUCCUGAAGACCCAGCGCCUGAGCAACGAUCACAUCUGUUACUUCCUGUACCAGAUCCUGAGAGGCCUGAAGUACAUCCAUUCUGCCAACGUCCUGCACCGCGACCUUAAACCCUCCAACCUGCUGCUGAAUACCACCUGUGAUCUAAAGAUCUGCGACUUCGGUCUGGCGCGUGUGGCUGACCCAGACCAUGACCACACGGGCUUCCUGACGGAGUACGUAGCGACUCGCUGGUACCGGGCGCCUGAGAUCAUGCUCAACUCCAAGGGUUACACCAAGUCUAUUGAUAUCUGGUCUGUGGGCUGCAUCCUAGCUGAAAUGCUCUCCAAUAGACCCAUCUUCCCUGGGAAGCACUACCUGGACCAGCUGAACCACAUCCUGGGUAUCCUAGGGUCUCCUUCCCAGGAGGAUCUGAACUGUAUCAUCAACAUUAAGGCCAGGAACUACCUGCUGUCUCUUCCGCUGCGCUGCAAGGUCCCCUGGAACAGCCUCUUCCCUAAAGCCGACCCCAAAGCUCUGGACCUGCUGGAUAAGAUGUUGACCUUUAACCCCCACAAGAGGAUCGAGGUGGAGGCGGCUCUGGCUCACCCUUACCUGGAGCAGUACUACGAUCCUACAGAUGAGCCUGUAACCGAGGCUCCCUUCAAGUUUGACAUGGAGCUGGAUGAUCUUCCCAAAGAGACCCUGAAGGAGCUGAUCUUUGAAGAGACGGCUCGCUUCAACACAAUCUGCAGGUCCUAACCCAUACACACAG